UUAAUAUAAACUAGACUAGAGUACUUUAGCUUUUUUCGAUAAAGUAGGAAUGGAAAAUAAAGAAAAUGCUAAUAAUGAUAUUUACCGUCCAAAAAUUCUUUUACCAUCAAUAUCUAAUUUACCAAACCCUUUAACUUCCUUUCAUAAUCAUGAAAGUACGGACGCUAUUUUUCGUGGAAGCUUCGCCCAAGUUAAUUUUCCUAAUCAAUCUCCUUUGAGUGCGAGAAGUCCUACUCAACCUUUUGAAGGUUCUACUAUAAAACAAGAACUUAAUACUUCAAUUCCUAAAUUUUAUGCACCAAAUAUAAAUUAUGAUCCAAAUAGUACGUCUUAUACGACAACUUAUUGGCCGACGUAUUAUUCUAAUAAUUAUCAGUCUAAUAGGGAUAUCAAUGGUUCAACUGGUCCCCCGUAUAACGUAUCAACAUGGUCUUCAAGCGACAAUAUGUCAUCAUAUAAUAAUAAUAAUAAUAGACAGGAAUGUUUAGAAAGCCCGCUUCCUACGCGUUCAUUUAUUUCGUAUAAUAAUAAUAACAACAAUAAUAAUGAUGGUAGAUAUCUACCACCUCUUACUCCGAAUUUUCAUUCUAUUAUUAAUUCUGCACCAUCAUCUCAUCAUUUGGGUCGUAAUUCUGCUUUUACCAAUGUACAACGAAGAAAAUCCGAUAUUAUUGAAGAUCAACCCUCAAAAUUUGGAAAUGGAGUUCUUGAAGGUAAUAACAACUUACCGGAGAUUCAACAUGCUAACAUAAAGUUUGAUAAUCCUUUUAUUCAAGAAAAUAUUGACUCAAUUUUAUUAGGUCUUCUCCCAGAAGAAACUAUAAAGAGAGAAAAUUAUGAUGAGACACCUAAAACUGAGGGAGGCAAAGAAAAGAAGAAAUGUCGUUCGAAUUGGACUAGAAAGGAAACCAGAUCAUUGAUCUCCGCUGUUAAAUUAAAGCAUAAGUUGCUGUUAGCGGCACAACGUAAUGCCGAUAAAUCUAGGAUUUGGAGUGAUAUGUUUUCGGAUCAUUGCACAAGAUUUUCGGGAAGAACUUUGAAAGCCUUCAAAUUAAGGUGGGCUCGAUUGGCUGCAGAUUAUAGUUCGGUAUAUGGUUGCAUUAAAUCAGGUGUUGAACCUAUGGAUUUCGAUUAUUAUGAUGAGAUGAAGGAGAUAUUUGGUGAUGAAGUUAUUACGAGUAAUAAAACUAUUAAAUUAUCUGCUAAUUCAAUACCAACAUUAAAAAGGAAAUUUAAUGAUAAAGAUGAAGAGGUAGCUGGAAAUUCGCAAAUUGAAAUAUCAGAGGAAGAUUCGGAGGAUCAUUCAUUGGUACCAAAAACAUCAUCACCAAAUUCACCUACACCGUCAAGUUUUGAUGAGCUUAACGGUAUUGAAGGAAUAUCUUCGUUUCGGCAAUCAAAAAGAAUCAAAGUUGACGAAGAAGUAAAGAUUGUACUUCAAGAGGUUGAAAAUACUCAACGUAAAUGCAAAAAGAUAAUUGAACAAUUGAAAGAUAUUACCAAAUAACUUUAAUUUUGUUAAUAUAGUUGAUACUGCGGCAAAGUCAAAAAAAAAAAGUUCUCACAUUUCCAAAUAUAAUAAUAAUUUUGAAAUAAAAAUUUAAUUGUCUAAGCCACACUUGUCAAUCUUAUAUUU